AUGGCAGGUAGAAACGAUGCUGCGAUUGCUGCUGCUUUGGAGGCUAUGGCUCAGGCCUUGGCAAAUCAGCCGAAUGCUGAUGAGAAUGCUGGAUCUCGCAGUUUGGCAACGUUCCAGAGGGAGAAUCCCCCGGUCUUCAAAGGCAAGCAUGACCCUGAUGGCGCGUUGGAAUGGUUGAAGGAGAUUGAGAGAAUCUUCCGCGUGAUGGACAACAUUCAUGCGCAGAAGGUUCGGUACGGAACUCAUAUGCUGGCAGUCGAAGCUGAUGACUGGUGGCUAGAAACUCGCCAGAGAUUGGAAGUUGCUGGUGAAGAGAUCACUUGGGUUGUGUUCCGCAGAGAGUUUUUAGGGAAGUAUUAUCCUGAAGAUGUUCGGGGUAAGAAGGAGAUUGAGUUCCUUGAGCUGAAACAGGGGGAUAUGUCAGUGACAGAGUAUGCUACAAAGUUCACUGAGUUGGCUAAGUUCUACCCGUAUUAUGAUGGAACAGGAACUGAGUUUUCGAAGCGCAUCAAGUUUGAGAACGGAUUGCGCUCUGAAAUCAAGAAAGCUGUUGGGUAUCAAAAGAUUCGCAUCUUUCCUAAUUUGGUUGAUAGUUGCAGGAUUUAUGAAGAAGAUCAUAAUGCAUAUUACAUAAUUGUCAAAGAUAAGAGAGGCAAGCAGAACCGUAGCACACCUUAUGAUGCUCUAGUUGGAAAGAGUAAAGCAGAUGUGGCUGACAGCAAGAGAACUAGUGGGGGAGAAGCUCCUGCCAAUGUCGUUUGUUUCAAUUGCGAGAAACCUGGUCAUAAGAGUAAUGCGUGCAACCUUGAAGUGAAGAAAUGUUUUCGUUGUGGUAAGAUGGGACAUGCUAUGUCAGAUUGCAAACAUAAGGAAAUGGUUUGUUUUAACUGCGGUGAAGAAGGACACAUUGGGAGUCAGUGCCUGAAACCAAAGAAGACUCAAUCUGGUGGAAAAGUGUUCGCGUUGGCGGUAAGUCAGACUGAUUGUGAGGACGAGCGUGUUGGAGGUAAUGUUUCGUUAGUAAUACUCCUUUAA